UUUCGAACGGGCUCUAGGGAAAUUUCUGUUUGGUGAGUUACCGAGCCAGGUUACUCUUGUUUUGUUUGGCGGGUUGCCUAAAAGUUGUUCCUGCAUUCUUGAAAUAUUUUCUUUUAUUGGUCUGGACGGAAGUGUAAAAUGUUCUAAAGUGGUAACAAACGGCUAAAUAUAAUACUUUCUGCCGAUUUCUAGUAAGUAGAGGUGUUGGUUUGUAAAGUUUUAAAGUUGGGGGGGCCCAAUAGAACAAUGAAUGAAGCUGCUGCUCUGCCCCAUGGACCCCCAAUGAACAUUCUGCCACCGACACCAGCAGGUUUGGAGUCUUUGUACACGCUAUGUAGGAAAAUUUACCCCGAUCAAGCCAACCCCCUUCAAGUCACGGCCCUCAUCAAGUACUGGCUGGGAGGGCCCGAUCCUUUAGAUUACAUAUCAAUGUAUGCAAAUCCAGGCAUUCCACAAGAAAACAUUCCUCCACAUUGGCACUACAUAAGUUUUGGUCUCUCAGACCUUCACGGUGACGGGCGAGUGCACGACGUGUCAGGAGCUAAUGGUGUUUCAGGUUUUGGUUUUGAGCUAACAUUUAGGCUAAAACGGGAGCCUGAAGAGACGGCACCGCCCACCUGGCCCGCAACUUUAAUGCAAUCUUUAGCGAAAUACGUUUUUCAGUCAGGCAACACUCUUUGUGCUGGUGACCACGUUUCCUGGCACUGCGCGUUAGAUAGCAGCGAGUCACGAAUACAGCACAUGUUGAUGACCACAGACGUGCAUUUGAAGUCAAUACAGACGCCUUUUGGUUCUGUCGAUUUCGUCCAAAUUGUUGGUAUUUGCGCCGAGGAGCUGAAAGCAGCCCAGCAGUGGAACGGGGCCGGGGUGCUUGAUAUGAUAACUAGAAUACCGUCUGCUGGGGGGCCUUGGUUUAUCACGGAUAUGAGGCGAGGGGAGAGCAUUUUUGAGCUUGAUUUAAACGCGCACGAGGAAGUCGAGCGAGGGUUUGAGUUAGAGGGCUCCAAUUUGAGCGGAGUCAGCGCUAGGUGUUCAUGGGUUGAGCAAGACCCUGCUCGUAUUGACAUAAUGCAUUUGAAAGAAAAGUCCGAUUGUGACAAUUUCCAAGCUCAAGAGGACGUAACUCUGUUAAAUUCACCUCAAAAACCGCUACAGAGUGGCAACUUUGAACAAAACCGCUCCAGUAGCACCAAUUUCAAAAUGGACGAGUCAACUGAGUUGUUGCACAUAAAGAAAUUAGAGGGCGUCCAUUUGGUUUUUAAUUUGGAGGCUGGGAGUUUACUCCCUUUGGCCAUCAGGGGGCGCGUACGACAUGGUAGACAUUUCACAUUUAAGUCAGUUUUGGGUGAAACUGCCAUAACACUAGUGGCAGGUACGGUUACAGGGACGUUGGUGAACUCAGAACACCCUUAUGUAGCUCAGGGUUCAUGGCUACAAAUACUUAUUACCGACGAUUUAGCUCAGGAUAUGGCGGUUACUUUUCAAGUUCUGGCCACUCCAGAGGCGCUUUCUUUACCAAAAACAUUCUCAUGGCCCGACAAAAAGUUAUCUGUGACUAUUGUAGCGGACAAGUUAUAGUAUUUACAGUUAUCUCAUUAAUCAUAAUAAGACUAAAAUAGGUUUAAUUUAGCCUUAGUCUCACGAAAUAAUCAAAAGCAAUAUGUAGGCAUAUUUCUUAUCUUAGGUUUACUCAAUUAAUUUAUUACAUUAUUUAUUAUUACCUAACUUAAAUAGAACAACCCCCCAUAUGCUAUACAUAUCGGAUUUAAAGUACAAAAAGUAACCCAUAUUAUGUACCAUAGACCUGUAAACUGUCCCACUUGAUUCUAAACGAAUAAAGAUGCUUUCUUUUGAA